AUGCUUGUUAAGAAAAAGAAACAUCGCCCGCCUCCUGAUCUGUCUUUCAAGGUCCAUGCUGCAACUGGAUCUACGAUUCCAGUGACAAUUUCUCCUUCAGCUGCUGCCGCUAGUCUCUAUGCGUCCGGAUAUGAUACAUUUACAAAUUCCGGAUCGGUUAUCGAUUAUGUGUCAAAUUUGAAGGAAUUCGCUCCUUCUCCUUUGAAGUCUUUACUUCCUCCUCAUGUGGAGGUUUCCAAACUUUCCGGUGGUUCUACUGCUAUCAACAUCGACUCUAAGUCUUUGGAGAAUGUGGACAGCCAGGCUAGGAAUUAUGCUGCGUUACUCAAGAGUUCUGCUCAAUUGCAAGAGAUGGGAACCCCGUCAGAACAUGUCUCUGGUGCGUCGUUCGUCCUUAUCCCAGACGAAAACAUUGAGGCUGCAAAACUAGAGUUCAAAGAUUUCAUUUACGCACGUUUUCACGGUGAUUAUCCAUCAAUGGGGAAAAUUAUCGGUGUCGUCAAUGCAGUGUGGGCUAGAACUGGUCCUCGGAUCUUUGUCCAUAACAUUGGACAAGGCAUUUAUCUCCUCCGAGUCACAAACCCAAAAACUCGUGAGGUUCUUCUGUCUCGCACCUGUUGGAACAUAGGGGGCCUUCCUAUGUUCGUGGCGCCUUGGUCCCAUGAGUACUCACCUGAUGAGCCUCCACUCACGAGUGCAAUUGUGCAUGUGGAGAUGCACAAUGUUCUAUACCUGCUGUUUAAUAGAGAAAGCUUGAGCCGCAUCGCGACGACAGUUGGUAAACCAGAUUCUCUAGCUCCUGAAACGGAGCAGAAGGAAAAUUUUGAAGUUGCUAAAUUGUUUGUGCGUGUUGAUCUUACUGCCCCCCUGCCUAAUAGGAUUGUUUCUGGUUUCUCGAAUGGUAAAGAGGUUCAGAUUGAUGUCUCCUACCCUUGGUUACCCAUUAAGUGUGAUGUUUGUAAGAAGUUUGGUCACACAAAGGAGAGGUGCCCAACGGGCCUCACUGAAGGUUCUUCUGGCCAGUCCAAAGGCAGGAAAGCCACUACUGAAACACAAAGAAGAAGGUCUAAGUCUCGCCAGGCCGCGCCACAGAUAAGAAAGUAA